UUCUUCUAAUUAGAUCUAAUUAGUGGGGGUGCGCUUCCUGCUAUGGUUGUAAAAAAAAAAAAAGCAUCAAGUUCACAUGUUGAUGCCAAAUGAUCACUCAGCUGAUAAGAGCUUCACAAGGGUUCAAAUCCAUCAAAAGCUGGAUUGUUUACAGAGGUCUUCAUGAGGCAUGCUGCUAAUCUGUCUGUUUAGUAUGUUUGACCCAUCUUGUUAAUACAUCAAUAGCUGUAUGUCCUUUGAUCAAAGAUACUUUUCAUUUUUAUUUUAUGACCAUCCAUUUUUCAUUUUAUGACCAAUAACACCAACUUUUAUGCCUGUCUGAACAGAGCCAAGGGUUCCUUCAGGGAUGGCUAAUAUGACUCCUGUAGUUGUUGUCUUUUACACCUCAUUUCUAAUAAUCCCUCCCUUGGUUCUAAUGCAAGUCGCUUCUUUCAUAUGAAUGAGACUCGUGGUCCAAAAUGGUUGUGCUCAUCUCCCCAGUUGACCUGACCGUCGUGCUUGCGUGCAGCUGGACCCUUGUGAUUGCAAAUGACACCAUUAGCAUGUCAUGCAGCAGUGUGAAAGAACUUCCUGCAAUUUUUCUAAGCACCUGUGCAGUUUAAUAAGCAGAUCUCGGCUCUGAUCAAGUCCAUUGCAGCUUCUCUUCGCAGCCACCUCUUUUGAGUGCCCGCUGUUUUGUAAAGAUCGGGUUGACGUGCGAUAGUGAUGUGGACACGUUAACAAGAUGGAGGCAAGGCCAGUUAUUCAUGUUAACUCAAAUACAUUUGAGCUAGAUCAUCCAUAAUUGCUUUGCUUUUUUUCCUGAUCCUAUCACGUUUGUAGACACUUGUUGCUCGGCAGAACAGCCGUAUUUUCAAACAUUGUCACAUGACAAAAAGCAUUGUGUUCCACUGACCACACAGCAGAGAGCGGACAUGUAUAGACAGAAAACUAAAGAACUGACACACACACUUAAAAAAACGACUCCAAAUACAGCAUGAUAAGCUAAUACAAGUUUAUUUCUGCACAAAAUCACCACUUUAUUGCGUUGCGCUGCCAUGACGUCACAAUGGCCCUACAUACCCCUCUGUGGCCAUUGCACCCUGUGGGCUUUUUAAGGUCCAUAAGCAAAAGGAUCUUGUAUGUAUUCACGUACGUUAUUCACAUACCCAGUAUUAGGCUCAUAUGGUUAUUUUGAGAUACAAUGACAGUGAUAAGUUAGAAAAGUUGAAAAUCAGAUGCUGCAGAACAUGGGGCUCAUUUUUCCUUUAAAUUAUGCAGUAUUUGAGAUCAAACGUGUUAUCUGAUCAAGUUGGGACAUUUAUUUCUUUUAUAUAUAGGAUCAGUGUAAUUCUAAAGAUAGUUAACUGUUUACGCUGAUACUUAUACAUAUAGAGGAUGCCCACUGUGAUACAUUGUAGUAGUCUACGACCACGUAUUUGAGUGUAUUUCUGGGGGGUGGUCUUCUAAUCACUGUAAUCAGUAAGGGCAUAAGUCAGCUAACAGAAGACCAUUCUAGAUUUCAAGGCUCUCAUUUACACCCAAAAGGGUCUCCUGGCUACUGUUCUCUACAGAAGACAUAUUCGGUGUAACUUGUCCAUAUUUUGUCCUCGUUGGGGUCAUUGCUGGUGUAGGCGCAGGUGCCCGUGGAGCUACAGGCCACCAUGUGGAAGCCCACCUCAGUGAGCUUGUCAAAGGCCUGCUCCAGGAAGUUAUACUUGAGGUAAUAGCGUGACGUGUAUCUCUCCGGUGGACGGUCCGGGUCCCGGCUCUCGUUCAGUGUGUCUCCGAACACCUCCUUGGCCAGGGAGGUCUUCCCGCAAACGGUGAUGCGCGCCACCCUCCUGAACUUGGCAUCGGUCUGGAUGUCCCGGCCGAUGGUGUACGAACCCCGGUAGCCAAUGGUGAUGUACCCCGCCUUCCUGGAGUCCAGAGACGGUGAGCGCAUGGCCGAAACGCCGCCACCGCCGCCUCCUCCCGCGCGUAAAGCCACCUCCGCGCCUGCAGCUGCGGCGCACGGUUGUCCGCCUUGUAGCGCGCCCUCCUCGGUGUCGCUUUGGCUGAUCUCCUCGCUGAUGGAGUUGUCCUUGCUCACAUGCGGGCUGAGCCGCUUGGCCAGCUCCCGAAGCUGGAAGAAGUCGGCCUCCCUCCGCAGCCGGCUCCUCUCCGGGAAAUAGUCCGGCAGCACCAGGUUCAGAUCGCGGAGAUAAUCGAGGACGUAGCGGAACAAGAAGCCGUCUCGGUCCAGAAAGAAGCGACCCUUGGUGUCCCUCGCCAGCUCCUUGGGGGUCUUGCGACUGAACAUGUGCCACAGGAGCGAGUCCGGAACGGCCACGAGAGUUUGGAGCCUGGUGACGUACACCUGACCUCCGACGUUCAACUCGAUGAUGUCCGGGAAGUGGGAGUCGUCGCGUUUGGACACCUCGGCCAGAGCCAUCGUGUCCGCUACGUGUGCUCUGUGCAAGCAACACUGACGAGUGGCUGCAGACGGUUUAUGAAGCGUGGGCUCUGGGGAUGAAAACGGGGGGAGUGCAGUUAACCAUUAAACUACUGUAACAGGCUUUAAUGACCUGCAGUAAGGAAAUGAUUAGGAAGGGGUGCAAAACAGACAAAGAUGUACGUGUGCACUAAUUGUUGCUUCUUUUCAAGAAAAUAUUAAAGUUAAAAUCAACACAAAAACAAUUUAAAUGUGGCAAUAGUGACAUCUAUCGCAGGUAUGCUAGAACUGCAGGCCACUUCAUUAGGUACAGCUGCACAGUCUAAACUUCACGUACGGUAUCAUGGAAGCAAACCCCCUGCCCUUUUGAAUAUUCGUCUGUUAAAGUAAAGAACUCACACAAUGUACUAAUGUGAGCUAGUUUAACAAACUGUACAAACACUAAACGUUUAUAAACUAUUAAAGCCGAGAUUACACUUGCACACAUUUUUCCCCACUUCGGUACCAUGCGGUAUUUUGUGUGCCAGUGAGUAAAUUGGUCGUAAAGAGGUGCGAAGUAUGUGUAUGUUCUAAAAUCCUGGCAAGCAUAAUUUUCGUGAACUAGUGGUGAACGCACCACAACCUACGCGCAAACAAUGCCGGCGGUGAAUAUGAAAGCGUGUCUCACUGUCAUUAAUGGGAUAACUUUUCCACCGCCUCUUGGAGCAAGUCACUGGGGAAUUCUCAAGUACUGUAAUUUCUUUUGCUUCUUGGGUCUUCCUUGGGAAUUUCUGUUAAGUGAUCAUAAUGCCCAAAGCCAUGUCUUCUGUCAGCAAUUUCCUCUCCCACACGGUCUAUGCUUUCUUUUUUUUCUAGCGUAUGCCUUCUUCCAGCUCUUUCUGCAUUCUCUUUCUGCAGAUGCAAGACUUUCCUUUUAUUUUCUGCAAUGAGAGCUUCUUCUCUGGAGUUUCCAAAUCUUGUAGGUCCCUUGAAAAAAGAGGAAUUAAUGAAGCUAUGGGUUACUUCGUCCACUUGGUUUCACAACAAUCAACAUAUUGGUCCAUUAAUAGAAAAACAUACGAUUUAGUUUAUUUAGAACAUGUUUAACAAAGUUACUUUGAAGUACAUCACGUUUACACUUACAUUAUUCAAAAUGCCCAAAAGGAGUGGUGUCUUCAGCAGUUACUCACAGGUCUAUACGUUAUUAUAUUUGCAAGGCAGAACAUGUGACUCAACUCUCACAGGAAGCAGCAUAGGAUGAAUAAGUAAACAUACAAACAAAAUAGAUGACGGGUAAUUGUACACUUAAGUUUUCUUGUUGUAUUUUAGACCUUACUUAGGUAUUAAUUAAAGAAUACAUUGCUUGUCUGGUUUCACAAUUGAGUUGUCUUUGGAGUUGGCGGACAGUUGGAAAUUCACAUCUGCAUGUCUGCAUGUGGGAAAUUCAGGAGGAAAUGACAGCAGCCUAAAAAAAAAAAAAAAAAGAAGAAGAAAGCCUGGCCAAGAAUGUGACACACAUUUUGGGAAAGUCUAAGUUGAGCUUGGACGGUAGAAAAAAUGUUGAUGUAACAAACAUUUCUUUCUAAGCACAAUAUGACAACAUAAAAAAGUACUCAUAGCAGGUGAGUUUAUUGUGUACAGCAGUGUUCACACACACAGCAACUCAACAGUGCUUUGCAAAAGGCAUAGAAAAAUACAGAAUAAAAACAAGACAUUAAAAUUACAUUAAAAACAACAUAGAAAUGAAACUAGACAUCAAAAUUCAAAGAUAAAAUGUGAUUUUGUCAUAAUAAAUAUGCAUUUCAAAGGCAAGAAUGGAUUUAUAGACAAAAUGAUUAAAGGGACCCUAUCCUGCUCAUUUCCGGGCCUUUUAAAAUGACAUUAGAAAACAGUGGGGCACUAUAAUAAGACUCCAUAAAUCUUAAAUUGUGUACUGUAAUACCAGUUCUCCAUCAACAGCAUAUUCUUGAACUAUUCUUGAGUGCAUGCUCAUCCCUUUUCAUCCUUUUUAUCUAGUUUUGUGGCCUAGUUUGCAAGACAUGCUAUCAUACAGUUCCAUGAGACUAACAUCAAUGUGAAAGUGAAGCCUCUUUGCAAAAGUUCCCACUUCCCAUCACAUUGACCGUGAUCAUAAGUCACACUGGAAAUUUGGACAUGCGGCCCCACCCACCCGAGGCAGGGUCACCAAUAAUAAGGAGCUCCCCUUUCAGGCUUUACCAUUUCAAGAGAGCGUUCAGAGAAAAUGAUGCUCCGUAAGGGUAUUACUGAGAGCUUCGGAGCCGCCAUCCACGGCCUGGGCGCCAGCCAGCUGACAGAUGGCGUGAUUAGACGGAGCAAGCGGAUGAUGCUGGACAACCUGGGCGUCGGCCUGUUGGGAUCUACGACUGACGUCUUCAACAAGGCUCUCAAUUACAGCCAGUUGUUCCAGUCAGAGGAGAAGAGCAGCAUCUGGGGCAAAUCGGACGUAACUUUGCCUCCGCACUUUGCCGCUUUUGUCAACGGCGUGGCGGUUCACUCCAUGGACUUUGACGACACGUGGUACCCGGCGACUCACCCCUCGGGGGCUGUGCUCCCCGCACUGAUGGCCUUGGCAGAGGUCAAGCCCAGACGGCCCUCUGGCUUGGACCUGCUGGUGGCCUUCAAUGUUGGCAUCGAAGUGCAGGCCAGGCUUAUGAGGUUCUCCAGGGAGGCCUUUGACAUCCCUAAAAGAUUCCACCCCCCCAGUGUGGUUGGCGUCAUGGGCAGCGCAGCGGCCUCGGCCAAGCUUUUGGGUUUAUCAUCGCAACAGUGUACUCACGCUCUGGCCAUUGCGGCCUGCUCGGCAGGGGCACCACUUGCCAAUGCUGCCACCCAAACCAAACCUCUGCACAUGGGCUACGCCGCCCAGAGGGGCUUGGAGGCGGCUCGCCUCGCCCAAAUGGGCCUUGAGGGCAACCCGGACAUCCUGGAUGUGCCGCACGGAUUUGGGGUUUACUACGAGAACUACAGCGCCUCAGCCAUGGUGCCCCCUGGUGUUGGUGGCUCAGGUUGGUGCCUGGAAGAGCAGGAUGUGGCCUUUAAGCGCACACCUGCUCAUUUGGGCAUGCACUGGGUUGUUGAUGCAGCGGUGGCGGCCCGUGCUAACUUGGAAAGGACCACAGGUCAACACUUUGACGUGGGCCGGAUAAAGCGCAUCCUGCUGCGAGUUCCACCAUCCAAGUACAUCAACUGUCCCUUUCCCAACACGGAGCACCAGGCCAGGCAUUCCUUCCAGUUUAAUGCCUGCUCCGCCCUCCUGGACGACGGUGUGUCAGUCCGCUCCUUCAGCGGAGCUCAGAUGGAGCGCCCGCUUCUGAAGGAGCUAUUGGGCAAAGUAGAGGUGGAGAUUCCAACGGACAACCAAGCCAGCUUCGACAAGAUGUACAGCGAGGUCGCCAUCGAGACCCAUCAGGGGGAGACCUUCUCUGCCAGGUGCGAUACUUUUUACGGGCACUGGAGGAAGCCACUGAGCCAGGAAGACCUUGCGGAGAAGUUCAUGGCCAACGCUUCCACUGUGUUGAGCUCAGAGGGAGCAGAGGGAGUGAUGGAUACCAUCAGAAACAUGGAAAUGGAGAGGCAAUGCACAUCCUUACAUUCAUACAUGCAAAUGACAAUUGAUAAACAUAACCAGCAAUGUCGCUCAAGGGUGUUCCAAACUGGAUAAGACCAGUCAUGCAAACCAAUUUGUAUAUUACUGCUUUUUGCUGCAUUUUGUACAAUUUAUUACUCCUAUCUGUACUGAAAAAAAAACAGAAAUUCAUUUUUUUGUAUAAAGAUAAAACUUAUCAUGAAAAAAUGGAAUGGUAUGUGACACAGUCAUUUUUGUUUAAAUGAAAAGCAUGUUUGCACAUUUUGUCAUGUUGUCAUUUUAAUGAAAAAAAUUUUAACAUUUCGGGGAAAAACUGUCUUUA